AUGUCGUCUAACCGGGCUCGUCGAGUAGCGAAAGAAAUCGCGGACAUACGCGCCGAUACAUCCUCCAACGUCUUCGCCGAACCUCACGGGAAUGGUGAUGAUCUUACCCACCUCAGGGGCAACUUCAAGGGGCCACCAGGCACUCCGUAUGAGGAAGGCAUAUACCAUGUUGACAUUAGAAUACCAACGGAGUAUCCUUUCCGACCCCCAGUCAUGAAAUUUGAGACCAAGGUCUGGCAUCCAAACGUCAGCAGCCAAACAGGUGCCAUCUGUCUCGACACACUCUCCUCCGCAUGGUCCCCCGUCCUCACUAUCAAAUCCGCCUUACUUUCGUUACAAUCCCUUCUCAGCACGCCUGAACCCAAGGACCCUCAAGAUGCCGAGGUUGCUGGCAUGCUGAUGCGUAAUCCCAAGGAGUUUGACCGUGUGGCACGGGAGUGGGCGGUGAAAUAUGCUGGAGCCCCAAAGCGAGAGCGUGGGGAGGGCAGCGGUGGGGCGACGGGCGAGACCUUGAAGCAAAGAGAGCGCAAGUCAAAGGAAGAGGAAGAACGGGAGCGGCUAGCAGUGUACAAGGGAUACAACAAAGACCUUAUUGACCGAUUCGUCAAUAUGGGAUUCGACGUCGACCGUGUGGUUUCGGCAUUUGAAUAUGUGGGAAUUGACAGGAUGAACGGCGAAGAUUAUGAGUUAGAAGAGGCCUACAUGGGCGAUAUCACUGCAAGGCUCCUGGGCGAGCCCUGA